AUGCCUCUCCAAGCGCUGCGGACGAUAGCAAAGCCUCAGAAUGGCGUCGGGGCCUUCAUCCUCCAGUGCAAACGCCUGGACUUUCACUACUGCGACUGGGCCGGCAGCAGCAGAGGAAUGAACGACUUCAUCAAAAACAAACUUCCCCUCUUCGCGCGCCAAAACCCCUCGAUCGAAAUCUCCGUCUCCCCUCGCCCCGGCCGGCACCCCGUCGUCAUCGGACACUACAUGAACGGACGCACGAAGCCGAUUUGUGUGAGGAAUUUGCAUGAGUUGCAGGUUCUGAAUAAGGUGGCACUGUUGAAGGAGGCGAGUGGGGAGAAGUUGAAGAGGGUUACCAAGCCUGUGAGGAGUUUGAAUGAGAGCGUUAGGGGGGUUUGGAGUCCGUUUCAUGGGAGGGAGCAGUACAGAGUGUAG